AUGGCAUCAACAGGUCUCCAGCUGCUAGGCCUGGUUUUGACCAUACUGGGUUGGGUGUUUGGGGCGUUGGUGUGCGCCGCUCCACUGUGGCGUGUGUCUGCCUUCGUGGGCGGAGAGCUGGUGAUCGCCCAGGUGGUGUGGGAGGGACUGUGGAUGAACUGCCUGUCUCAGACCACGGGCCAAAUCCAGUGUAAGACCUAUGACUCCACCCUGGCCCUGCCCUCAUCCGGCCAGGCUGCCCGGGGCCUCACCGUCCUCUCCCUGCUCCUCUGCCUUCUGGCCUUCAUGCUUGGGGUCGCAGGGGCCAAGUGCACUCACUGCAUGGGCGAUGCUAACCAGGCCUCCAAGGCUCGGCUGGCCAGGUUAGCAGGGGUGCUCUUCCUUGUGGCUGGCCUUGCCUUCUUGAUACCCAUCUGUUGGACGGCCUACGCCAUCAUCAGGGACUUCUAUGACCCAAACGUUGCAGCUCCCCUAAAGAGAGAGCUGGGACCGGCGUUGUACCUCGGCUGGGGGGCCAGUCUGCUGCUCCUGGUGGGGGGCUCGCUGCUGCACGUUGGGUCUUCUCCACCAGGAGGAAGGGUGCUGCCUGUUUUUGGAGGAGCGACAAAGGACAACCCACAUACUGGGGCAGCAGGAGAGGGGAAGCAACCGGAAAAAUCGUUUGUAUGA